ACGUUGAAGAAGAAUACAAUCAGCUGUUCGGUUCUAGAAUCCAAGUGAGAAUCUACAUAAAGCUGUCAUUGUCGAAAAGAAGAGGUAAAGACCACCGACAUGUCAUUCGUCUUCGAUUGGAUCUAUAGAGGCUUUAGUGGUGUGCUUCAGUUUUUAGGGCUGUACAAAAAGUCUGGGAAGCUGGUAUUCCUGGGACUGGAUAAUGCUGGUAAAACAACGCUUCUGCACAUGCUGAAAGAUGACAGACUGGGACAGCAUGUGCCCACGUUGCAUCCAACAUCAGAGGAGUUGACAAUAGCUGGAAUGACUUUCACCACGUUUGAUCUGGGCGGUCAUGUACAAGCAAGACGAGUUUGGAAAAACUACCUGCCGGCAAUAAAUGGAGUUGUCUUUCUGGUCGACUGCGCUGAUCAUGACCGCCUUACAGAAUCGAAGAUCGAACUUGAUGCUCUGUUAGCAGACGAGACCAUCCUCACUGUGCCUGUGUUGGUGUUGGGGAACAAGAUCGACCGUCCCGAAGCCAUCAGUGAGGGUGGACUGAGAGGGGCGUUUGCUUUGGACGGUCAAUGCACUGGAAAGGGUAAUGUGUCCUUGAAGGAGCUACAGGUAAGACCUCUGGAGGUUUUCAUGUGCAGUGUACUGAAGAAACAAGGCUACGGAGACGGCUUCCGGUGGCUGUCGCAAUAUAUCGACUGAUAGCUGGACCCCCGGGCAGUGGUUCCUGGUCUUCAACGGGACCGUCUUUCUGAGGAGGGGAAGUACAAAUCCGGGGAAGAAGAAAAUAGAUCGUCCUUAAAAUUGUUCUCUAUAAAAAGCUGUGAUGCUCCCAAUUGUCAAUUGAUCGGUUCUCUGAAAAUGGUGGGGGCGUAUAUAAUUAGGUUUUUACUCGUUGAUUUCCGAGUUAAUUUGUCUGUUUUAAAGGUUUCUAUCUAUGCAAACUUUUAAAAGUUGUUUGUGUGGAAUUUAAGGUCAUGAGAUCAAGUGUUAUGUAAGUCCAUUAAUUAAGUGGAAUGUCAACACAUUGUUCAUCAUGUGAUUUGAGUAUCCAAUUAUAUCCAUCAGAUUUG